UGGCGUAGGGCCAGGUGGACGCGCCUACGGCGACGGCGGGCGCUGCGAUUGACUGCGUUUCUUGUGCCCGGGGCUCGCUACUCUGGCCUCCCUCCCUGCCCUGGCUGACUGCUGUGCCACCGACGCCAUGUCUGUGAGCGAGAUCUUUGUGGAGCUGCAGGGCUUCCUGGCUGCCGAGCAGGACAUCCGAGAGGAAAUCCGAAAAGUUGUACAGAGUUUAGAGCAAACAGCUCGAGAGAUUUUAACUCUACUUCAAGGGGUCCAUCAGGGUGCUGGGUUUCAGGACAUUCCAAAGAGGUGCUUGAAAGCUCGAGAACAUUUUGGUACAGUAAAAACACAUCUCACGUCUCUGAAGACCAAGUUCCCUGCUGAACAGUACUACAGAUUUCACGAGCACUGGAGGUUUGUGCUGCAGCGCUUGGUCUUCUUGGCAGCUUUUGUUGUGUAUCUGGAAUCAGAAACGCUAGUGACUCGAGAAGCGGUUACGGAAAUUCUUGGCAUUGAGCCAGAUCGGGAGAAAGGAUUUCAUCUGGAUGUAGAAGAUUAUCUUUCAGGAGUUCUAAUUCUUGCUAGUGAACUGUCAAGGCUGUCAGUCAACAGUGUGACUGCUGGAGACUACUCCCGGCCCCUUCACAUCUCCACCUUCAUCAACGAGCUGGAUUCCGGUUUCCGCCUCCUCAACCUGAAGAACGACUCCCUGCGGAAGCGCUAUGACGGCUUGAAGUACGAUGUGAAGAAAGUGGAAGAGGUGGUCUACGAUCUCUCCAUCCGUGGUUUCAAUAAGGAGACGGCAGCCGCUUGUGUAGACAAGUAGGAGGCCCUGUCCCUGCUCCUGGCCUUGUUUACCUCAGCGGUUGACUCUUACGGUAGUUAGGAUGCCCAGUUGCUAAACACCAUGCUUUAUUUUCCUCACUGGUUGUGUGGUGUAUCAGAAGUGAAACGCUUCUUUGGCGGUUAAAAAAAAAAGGACAGAGUUUUCUUUGUUGUUUCAGUGAAUUUGCUCUGUAAUCCAGUGUGUUUCAUUUUCGUCAAGAGGUGUAAAUGUCCGUCUCUUGGUAAAGCUCUUUCCUUGCUUAUCUUGAUGUCCUGAUUGAGAAGUUGAUCGUCUUGUGUGUGAUCCUUCCAGAUGUGACCUUUGACAUUUUCCAUAUCCCAGGUUAGCCAUCCAGACCCAGGUAUAGCCGGGAUACAGUAUAAAAGUUAAAAAGGCUGGUUGCCAAGUAAAGGCAAGGAAUACCUGAUUUGAUAUUCUUCCUUCCUUAUUUUAAGCCUUGUGAGUAAAUCCGUUGCUGAAUUUUUCUGCAAGGGAGUUCUGGCCCCGGGGUUCUGUUUCACUGCCAUCAAGAUAGAAAAGAUUCCAACCGCAAACGCAGGCUCGACAGAUUAUGCGGAAGUUCUUGUGUUAAAGGAUUUGGUAAGGUCUUGUUAUUGGCUCUAUUUGAAGGAACACGUUGGCAGGUGGGGAGUAGGGCUUAAUGUUUUAAAACGCUUCUGCUUUCUCCUGUUGCCUUAACAUGCUGCUAUUGCAGCAAACUUCUGUUAACCCUAAAAAUGGUCUUCACGUACGUCUUGAAUUCACACUUAGCCUGAUGUAUUCCUGAACUAUGAAGUCCCCACCCCCACCCCGCAUUUUUAGCAGCCAGCUAGACGUUUUGAUCUGGAUGUGUAAAGCCACCCACAUGCGUUAAUUAGCAACGCCCUGACUAGUGCGUUCUUAGAGACAAAAGCCAUGCUUUGUGUGGAGGAAAAGUAUAACCUCUUAAUUUAUUUUUUUAAUUCAGCUUGAUUUGGUUUUUUUUUUUUUAAGAGUAAGAAGUUUCAGAUUGUUGAUGGCUAUCCUAACAGAAAUAUUCACGAUUUUGGGCAAGUCAUUUAAAUUCUGCUGCCCCUCCCCCCAGUUCAGAUAGUGCUCAAAAUAUUGACCAGGUAAGUUGCUGUUGGCUGUUCAGUUGAAAUUAUUAAGAUAGUGACCUAAUUCCCAGUCAUUUGGAGAAAGGAAGGUGCUAGUACUUCCGGAAUCAGAGGUGUGGAGCAUUGUCACCUUUUCUCCCCUAAUGCUAAGGUGGGCCUCCUGCUCGUACGGGACGGUGUCUGGCAUUGCCAUCAGAACGUUUUAUCUCAGGCCAAAGGAAGGGCUGACUCGCUUCUCCAUCCUGAAGAGGGAAGGAAAAAUGAGACAUUGUUGGAUUUUAGAACAAUUUUCUUGACAGUUCCUUCUGCGCAAGAGUUUAUGGAAUGAAAAGAGUGUUGGGUCCCUAAAAGUGCCGAGGAUGGUCCCCUGAAAUGUGCAGCAGGAGCACUGCUGAAGUGAGCAUAAAAGGCUUUUCAGUGACGUAAUCUGACAGAUGCAGUGAGUUUGGCAAUGGUUUUCCUUGCCUCUGUAAACAGUGAUUCUGCUGGAGAAUAGUCAAGUUCUUGGCAGAAGCUGUGGAUCUCGGUUUUAACCCAUACAUUUUAAGUAGGGGAGCACACUCUGGUCUUGUCACUCUAUCUGAGAAUUGAGAAAUGUCAUGUUUAUAAUUAUUCAGCUGUAUUUGUUGCUGGCUUGUUGUAAAGCAAUAAAGUUUUUUUUGGUCUGUUUGUAACUCAUUGUGUUGCUAUGAGAACGCCUCUGUAUGGAGAAUAAAUUCUGGAUAUUUUUUGAGGCUGAAGAUGAGCAGGGACGAGGAGCACAUUCAGCUGUGUAAUAGUUACAACACUAACCAAAAGACACCAGCCCUUCAGAGUUCUUUACUGUAAAGUGCAGGUAAUGUUGGCGUGGUCUGCCUCGAUGGGGAAUUAAAAUUCUUUGAAGAUGUUGAGAAGACUUGGCUCGGGUUUUGGGAUGCCAGAUUUAUUUAUUUAUUUUUCAAUUUUUAGAAAGUCCAGCUGGUUAGAGAAGGUAGAGGUGAAUUAGGGGGUACUUUCUUUAUAGAUUUAUUCAGAAGAAGAGGAAGAGAACAAGUCAUAAGAAUUUGGUGAGAUUUGCCUCAUCUUAAGCUUGAAUAACAGUAUGAGUAAAAGUUUAAGAGACUUCACUAAAGAAGGAAGACUGAUUAAGGCAGGUUUUUGGGAUUUUAAAUAGGUAGCUAAAGAGAUGAGGUGAACCUGCAGGUUGCUGCUGGUGUGGUUUUAUAAUUGGGUACUCAGAACUUCUUUCUUUGUCUGGAUUAAACCAUUUGUCCUUCUUUUCAGAUAGAGCAUUGCUGUCAUCCCUGACACCAAAAUAAGACUUCCCCUGAAAUAAUUUAUAUCCUUAGUAUUCACCGUAAUAAGCAGACAGCAGCCCCCACCAAACAAUAACGUUUAAGGGAGGCAAAAUUGGCAAGUGUAGUGAUCUGACUGCCCGCAUUGCACAUGCGGACAGGCUGGGCCUCAAACUUCCAGCCAGCCUUAAGACUGCUAGGAACGAGGCAUGUACACCCACAGGCAUCAGCCAUUCCAUGGGUGCUACGUUCAUCUGUGAUGGAGCCAAACACACAAGACACACUGUUGGCAAAGUGAAAGCUGUUACUAUUAUUCAUAGAAAGCCAACAGUAAACGGUAACAUUGGAUUCUCAAAGAGGAAAUGCUGGCCCUUCCCCAAAUUACCGAUGUCCAUUCUUACGUCUUUGGGCUGGCAUGCCAUGGUUCAGGUCAUAUGCUGUCCUCAUGUCACUGCUGUCUCUGCUGCCACCACACUGCCCUGGUUCUUUCUGCUGAUGGGCUUCAGUGGGCCUUGCCUCACUGACUGGAAGACCCCUGUACAGGACCUUCUAAGCUUCUGCUGCUGGGCCCUUCUAGGCCCCACCACUGGCUCCUGCCAUGCCGCCUAGGGGUGUGGGAGGAGGGGAGAGGCACACUCAGGCCUCUGUUCUGCACCAGCAAGUGUUACAGCUCUUUAGCAACAGGCAAACCUCCUGUAUGGAGGUGCCCAGCUCGCUCGCUGUCUGGGUUGGCAAGCCCACUGCAGCCAACUUUCUGUGGGCUGACCAGCCCACUGCCACUCAAUCGUUAGUUUUACAGCCCCUUCGUCUGGGUCUAGGAGCUCCUUAGCGUAGGGAUCCUGGGUCCAAAGGACGUGCUCCGCUGCAGACUCUUCUUGAUGGUAGUGAACCCAAAACCGAACCACUCGAUUUGACUUGGCGACCCUAUAGGACAGAGUAGAACUGCCCCAUAGUGUUUCCAAGGAGCGUCUGGUGGGUUUGAACUGCUGACCUUUUGAUUAGCAGCUGAUCUCUGUGGGAUUAGCCCGUAUAUAAAACUAGCAGGAUG